CCAUUUAGCUAUUCCCGGAGACUAGUUCCCCGUCGGUCACCAGAAAGUGUGAAAAAUGCUCCGGCGAGGUUUCUUCUUUCCGGCGACGCUCUGCAAAUCACGGCAGCUACAACAUCUCUUCUGCUGCCGUUUCAUCUUCCAACCCGUUUUACCUCAUUCCGUUCCCCAGCAAACCAGUGUAUUUAAUGCAGUAUGCAAGGUUUUUGAAAGAGAAGUCAUAGUUGGGCCACGCUUAAUCGUACAAAAAUGGGAUUUUGGAUUGAUAAAUUCGGGCCGGUAUUACUGUACGGCUGGCAAAGCUGGGGAAGGGGAAACGUCGAAUGGCGGUGGUAAUGAUGUUGUUGCUGAGAGUUCCGGUGAGUUUAAAGAAGAUAAAAUCAAGAGGAAGAAACUGAAGGGUAAAAGACAGGUUGUGAAGUGGUUGAAGUUCUUCAGGUGGAAGAAGAAGAAAGAGCUCCAAAGGAUGACAGCUGAAGAAAGAAUCCUUUUUAAAUUGAGGAAGGCACGGAAGAAAGAGGAGAGGCUUGUUGAAGCUCUUAGGAAGGUUGAGCCUAAGGAGGUAUCGGAAGCUACUCAUGACCCAGAAAUAUUGACACCAGAAGAACACUUCUACUUCCUGAAAAUGGGGGAGAAGUGCAAGAAUUAUGUACCAGUUGGAAGACGUGGGAUAUACCAGGGUGUGAUCCUUAAUAUGCAUUUGCAUUGGAAGAAGCACCAAACUCUGAAAGUGGUGGUGAAAACGUUCUCUCCUGAGGAGGUUAAGGAAAUUGCUGUAGAGCUUGCAAGAUUAAGUGGUGGAAUUGUUCUUGAUAUCCAGGAUGAUGACACCAUUAUAAUGUACAGAGGAAAGAAUUACUCUCAACCACCAACUGAGAUAAUGUCUCCAAGAAGUACUCUUUCCAGGAAAAAGGCCUUGGAUAAAUCUAAAUACAGAGAUUCCUUAAGAGCUGUUGAGAGAUACAUUCCACGUCUGGAGCAAGAUCUUGAGCUGCUUUGGUUGCAAGCUGAAAAUGAAAUUAAUGCUCCUAACAAGAAUCAAGAGGUUGGCCUUGAGAAAUUUAACCUUGAACACCGUUCAGAUCAGCAAAUUGAGGCAUCUGAUAAGCUCAAACGGAUAAUGGUUGAAAAUGAAGAACAGGGUGAAGAAAAUGAUUCCAUGGUAGAUACAGAUAUAUGCUCAGAUUCUGAAGAUCUUUCAGAUAUUUUUGAGACAGACUCUGAGGAAGAGCAUGAAGAGAAAGCUGAAGAACCACUAUAUUUGGAUGUGUUUGAAAAGUUUCCAGUGCAAAGUAAUGGAGAUGAACAGGAUUUCGAGGAGCAUUUGCGUCAAAUCUCUUCUAACUCGAGGAAAGAGAAAUCACCAGGUAAAGAUGUCGACACACCAGAUCUUGAUGAGGUUGAUAAGAUUAUUCUGCAAGCUGCAUCACUUUUGAAGAAACGGAAGAGAUGAAAAGUGGUUUAUUCGUUAGCAAAAGUUCCAAGCGAGGUUUGUUAAGUGAGAGGGAUGGUGGCCUGUUAUAGUCAAUAGUUUGCAGCAGGCGUGAAGCAGCAAUCUUUAUCCAUGUUCAUCAUGGUGGUUCCCUUCUCGCCCCUGCCUAUAGAACUCUUAGGACUGAAGUGGUGAAAAUGUGCAGUUGCAGCUGUUAACUUGUCCUCAACGAGAGCCCAGACACAUUGUGGUAGAGGAACACGCGUGACAAAGUUGUUUUGCUGAACAAAGACGACUACAACAUUAGCAAUUUCAUUUUGGGGUUCCUGGACAAUAGGACUAUUGUUUUCCAAGGGUUGAUUCUUCCCUAAUCCAGAGUGGAAGUUCAUAAGUUUGAGCAGUCCUAGUGUGGUGCCAUUUACAGAACUCUUACCUUUACGAGUCUACACAAGAUAGAACUUACUCAUAUCUGAUAUUUACUUCGUGACUAUAGUAAAUUAUAAUGGUUUGGUUAAAACUGCAUACUUCAAACGCGUAAUUUAUGUAGUUUCUCAGAAAUGUAUGAAGUACGAAGUUGAUGAUUGCCAUUUCUUUGUUUUUUUUACUGUGUUUAGUAUGUCAUAAGAACAUUUCUACGAAAAUGUAUCCUUGUGUUGAUUUUGAGGUACUGAGAUCUUGUUGAAUUAUUAGUGCAUCACU